UCGAGAACGUGCUGAAGGAGGACGCCCGUGGCAGUGUGGUGCUGGGCCAGGUCGACGUCCAGCUGGCGCCCUACGUCAUCGACCUCCAGUCCAUGCACCAGUUCCGGCAGGACACAGGGACGAUGCGCCCGGUACGGAGGAACUUCUACGACCCGUCCUCGGCACCGGGGAAGGGCAUCGUGUGGGAGUGGGAGAACGAUAACAACUCGUGGACGCCCUACGACAUGGACAUCUGCAUCACCAUCCAGAACGCCUACGAGAAGCAGCACCCUUGGCUGGACCUCUCCUCCCUGGGCUUCUGCUACCUCAUCUACUUCAGCAGCAUGUCCCAAAUGAACCGGCAAACCCAACGCAAGCGCCGGCUCCGGCGUCGCAUGGACCUGGCGUAUCCCCUCACCAUGGGCUCCAUCCCCAAAUCGCAGUCGUGGCCGGUGGGCGCCAACACGGGGACACCCUGCUCCUGCCCGCAGUGCCUCUUGGUCAACAGCACCCGUGCCGCCUCCAACGCCAUCCUGGCGUCCCAACGUCGCAAGCUCUACCCGGGUGCUGUCCGCCAGAGCAGCACCUUCGCAGGUCUCUGGGGAGGACACGGCCACGGGGACCACACCUGUGUCCCCUACAUGGACGGGAAUAACACGCCGAGGGGCUGCGGGGUGCCAGCCCUCCCGGUCAAGAACCUGAACGGCACCGGCCCCGUCCAUCCCGCCCUCGCAGGGAUGACGGGCAUCCUCAUGUGCGCCGCCGGGCUGCCCGUCUGCCUGACCCGCGCCCCCAAACCCAUCCUGCACCCGCCGCCCGUCAGCAAGAGCGACAUCAAACCCGUGCCCGGCGUCAACGGCAUCUGCAGGAAAACCAAAAAGAAGCAUCUUAAAAAGAGUAAGGAGCCACCGGUGUCCCUGCGCAGCCGGGGGGUGACCUCCCCAUCGCACCCAUCAACCCGUGCCCGGCAGGAUUGCACCAUCUGCAUGGAGCGGUUGGUCACCUCCUCCGGCUACGAGGGAGUCCUCAGCCACAGGGGCAUCAAGCCGGAGCUGGUGGGCAAGUUGGGCAAGUGCGGGCACAUGUACCACCUCCUCUGUCUCCUGGCCAUGUACAACAACGGCAACAAGGACGGCAGCCUGCAGUGCCCCACCUGUAAGGCCAUCUAUGGGGAGAAGACGGGCACGCAGCCCCCCGGGAAGAUGGAGUUUCACCUCAUCCCCCACUCCCUCCCGGGUUACACCGACUCCAAAACCAUCCGGAUCGUCUACGACAUCCCCACCGGCAUCCAGGGCCCGGAGCACCCCAAUCCCGGCAAGAAGUUCACGGCACGCGGCUUCCCCCGGCACUGCUACCUGCCCGACAACGAGAAGGGCAGGAAGCCCGUGGUGUGGAACGAGAUCCACCACAAGACCGAGUUCGGCUCCAACCUGACGGGCCACGGCUACCCCGACCCCAAUUAUCUGGACAACGUCCUGGCCGAGCUGCUGGCCCAGGGCGUCUCUGAGGCCACCCUGAAGGACUGA